CGCCCCCGCCCCCCGGGGUGCAUCCCAGCUGGACACCGCGCGGGGGCUGCGGCGCCAGUGGAGGCGCGGAGCCUGUGCUGCUGAGGUGGAGCGGCCGCCGCGAGGAACCCCGCGCGCCCCGCCCCGGCGCCAUGCACUGCGAGGUGGCCGAGGCGCGCUCAGACAAGAGGCCGGCGGAGGCCCUCGGAGCCCCGGGCCGCGGCGCGCACAUGGCCUUCAGGGUCGCGGUGGGCGGCGGCGGCUGCGGGGACGCGGGACCGCGGGAACUGCUGCCCCGGACGCCUGCACCGCCGCCCCGCGCCCACGACCUCCUGCGGCCCCGGAGCCCCCGAGACUACGGUGCGUCCAAGGCCGCCGCUCCAGGCAAGGUGAACGGGAGCUAUGCCCACUGCACUCCCAGCUCAGAGAAGAGCCUGCUGGACCUGGACCUCGCCGAAGGUCCCAGCCCCACCUGUCGCCAGGGCCUGUUUCUCCCCACGGGAACCCCUGCAUCCCGGGGCCACCCCCCAGCCUGUGAGCGGCUGCUGCACUUUCCUCACCCUAACAGGUCGCCCAGACCCCAGGCUGCCUAUGUGAAUGGUGGCCUCCCGGUCACACAGCACAUCAAGCAGGAGUCCCUGCCUGACUACCGGGCCCUGGCAGAAGCCCGGGCACCCCUGCCUGCCCACUGCCGGGCCCCUCCAGCCACCAGCCUGCACUCAGACCUGGACCUCCCUGGACGAGGCCUCGCGAACCCUGCACCUUCCUGCUACCUUCUGGGCAGUGAGCCUGGCUCCAGCCUGGGUCCUCCGCCUGAUGCCCAUCUCCCUGAGGGCAGCCUGAAGCACUGCUGCCUCUUGGGCCUUUCCAGUUCCUCGACCUCCUCCUCUUCUGACGUCACCUCCUUCAUCUGCUCCUCCCAGGCAGCUCUGGUCACCUGUGUCAAUGGGCUUCGGAGUCCCCCUCUGCCUGGGGAAUUGGGUGGUCCUGCCAAGAGGGCACGGCCGGGCAUCGUGGCCACUGAGGUUCAUGACGGCAGCCUGCAGCUUGCAGCCUGCCGGAAGACAGGUUUCCUGAAGCAAGAACCUGAGGAUGAGUUUUCGGAGCUCUUCGGGCCUCAUCAGCAGGGCCUGCCGCCCCCCUACCCCAUGCCUCAGUUGCCGCCUGGGCUGGGCCUCGGAGGCCUGGGUCUGGGCCUGGCGGGUAGGGUGGUGGCCGGGCAGCAGGCCUGUCGCUGGGUGGACUGCUGUGCAGCCUACGAGCAGCAGGAGGAGCUGGUGCGGCACAUCGAGAAGAGCCACAUCGACCAGCGCAAGGGUGAGGACUUCACCUGCUUCUGGGCGGGCUGCGUGCGCCGCUACAAGCCCUUCAACGCUCGCUACAAGCUGCUCAUCCACAUGAGGGUGCACUCGGGCGAGAAGCCCAACAAGUGUAUGUUUGAAGGCUGCAGCAAAGCCUUUUCGCGGCUGGAGAACCUCAAGAUCCACCUGCGGAGCCACACAGGGGAGAAGCCGUACCUGUGCCAGCACCCGGGCUGUCAGAAGGCCUUCAGCAACUCCAGCGACCGUGCCAAGCACCAGCGCACCCACCUGGACACGAAACCCUACGCCUGUCAGAUCCCUGGCUGCUCCAAGCGCUACACAGACCCCAGCUCCCUCCGCAAGCAUGUGAAGGCCCACUCAGCCAAGGAGCAGCAGGUGCGGAAGAAGCUACACGCGGACCCCGAUACUGAAGCUGACAUCCUGACCGAGUGUCUGGCCCUGCAGCAGCUCCAUGCGUCCACACAGCUGUGUGGUGGUGAAGGGAAGGGUGGCCGCACCCUGGGCCAAGAGCUACUCCCAGGUGUCUAUCCUGGCUCUGUCACCCCCCAGAACGGGCUUACAUCAGGCCUCCUACCCCACACGCACGAAGUCCCUUCCAGACACCACCUACUAGAUGCUGCCACCAGUUCCCACCACCACCUGUCCCCUCUGCCUGCAACCGAGAGCACCAGGGAUGGGCUGGGACCCGGCCUCCUGUCACCCGUGGUUAGCCCACUGAAAGGGCUCGGGCCACCGCCACUGCCAACAUCGUCCCAGGGCCAUUCUCCAGGGGGCCAGCCCUACCCCACGCUCCCCAGCAAGCCUCCCUACCCGCCCUUCCAGAGCCCACCCCCUCCACCGCUGCCCAGCCCACAAGGGUACCAGGGCAGUUUCCACUCCAUCCAGAACUGUUUCCCCUACGGUGACUGCUACCGCACGGCCGAGCCCACAGCCACUGGAGAUGGCCUGGCUGGGGAGGCCCACGGCUUCAACCCCCUUCGGCCCAAUGGCUACCACAGCCUCAGCGCAACUUUACCUGCCACAGGCUACGAGGCCCUGGUCCAGGCCCCGUGCCCCACAGCGCCGCCUCCACAGCCGUCUGAAGAUGUCGUGCCCAGUGGUCCUGAGGACUGUGGCUUCUUCCCCAACGGGGCCUUUGACCACUGCCUGAGUCACAUCCCCUCCAUCUACACAGACACCUGAGGAAGGCCCUGCCCGAGCUGCCCUCCGCUGUAGGUGCCCUCUGCCCACCUGGCACCUGUCUCCACCUCCACACACUUGGCAGAGCCUGGCCACUGCUCCCUGGGGGACUGGCAGUGACCCCAGGCUAGGGUGUGAUGGCCAAGACUGAGCUGGGCACUCAGAAGUGCCCAGAAGGCCCCACAGCCUGGGACAGUCCCUUGACUGUGUGUCUUUCGUCUCUGCCCCUCCCAUGGUUUUGAAAUCACAGACCUCGUGUAUAUAAAAUGUACAGGGCUUGUUUUUCAUUCCCCUGCCAGUUUUAUAUAUUUUUUGGUUUUACAAGAAAAACAUUAAAAACCGGAAAUGAGA